AUGUCGAGUUUCCUACCACGGGCGAAGAGCCUCUCACGAAGCGCGACUUCGACCAUCUCGCGUCGCGCCGUUACAACGUUGCCUGGAGUGCCAAGAGAUACCAAUAAGCAUGAAAGUGCUUCUGCCACAAGCAAGCGCCCGCUGUUCAACUCACCUUCACCUGUGUGGGAGCAUCUUCAGUCGCCGCCCCAGAACCAGCAGAUCAACGGCACCGGCAUCAAGACAGAAAUCAACAAGACGUUUGCCGUUAACAUGAUGACUACGGCCCCUGCCAACCCAACAACCUUCACGUUGCCGGUACCGCUCGGCCUCGCCGUGUUGCUGAGCUCUUCUCAGAAAGGAGGUGGGACUAGUUCAUCCGGGGAUUCGAAGAAGGCCUAG